AAAAUCCAUUUAAGAAGCAAAUCUUUUCUUCAAAUUGGUUAAAAACCAGAAAGGGAUAGCAGAAAUUGUAGCAGGUGAAGAUGUCGGGUCGUGGAAAAGGAGGUAAGGGUUUGGGAAAGGGAGGAGCGAAGAGGCACAGGAAGGUGCUACGAGAUAACAUUCAGGGAAUAACCAAACCUGCGAUUCGUCGUUUGGCGAGAAGAGGUGGAGUCAAGAGAAUCAGUGGUCUCAUCUACGAGGAGACCCGUGGUGUUCUCAAGAUCUUUCUAGAGAAUGUCAUUCGUGAUGCUGUCACCUACACUGAACACGCUAGGAGGAAAACCGUCACCGCUAUGGAUGUUGUUUACGCCCUCAAGAGGCAAGGCAGGACUCUAUACGGUUUCGGUGGUUGAUUCUAGUUUUUCCAAAUUAAGGGUUUGAAUCCCUUGUUGUAUAUGUUUGGUGUAUUUGGCUGUAUUGAUUUUAUGUUCUUGUAUUAGGGACCUUUGCCUUGCUUGGUUUAGUCUUAGAUCUGUUUGAAUGAAAUGCAGCAAUUGUUAUUUUGUUGUUUCCACUUGAAUUUUAAUCUUAAUGAUUGAAAUUGUAUUACUUCAAAGUCCCUACACCUUUUGUGAUGUUAUUUUGCGCUUGGCUGUGUUGUUACCACUUUAUUGAUGACCUAGUCAUUGUAC